CAGGCAAAAAAAAAAAGGAUAGAGAGAAAAAAUCAUUCUCGUUUCUCUCACUCCGCUAUACCCCCGCCCGAAUCGAUGGAGAUUAGGGCUCCGCCAACGAGCCUCAGUCUCGCGCCGCCGCCCGCCUCCGCCAGCUUCCGCCGAACACCGCUUAGGACCUUCUUCCUUAACGGCAGCGUUUCACUUAAAGUUGUGCAAGUACGACAAUCAAAUGUCAACAGAUUUAAGUGCAAUAGCAUACAAAGUAACCUCUUUGAUAGACUAACGAGGGUUGCCAGGUCCUACGCAAAUGCAGUUCUAAGUUCAUUUGAGGACCCUGAGAAGAUUCUCGAGCAGGCAGUUCUCGAGAUGAACGAUGACUUGACAAAGAUGAGGCAGGCCACAGCACAGGUCUUGGCGUCUCAAAAGCGGCUUGAGAAUAAAUACAAAGCUGCAGAACAAGCUUCUGCUGAUUGGUAUCGAAGGGCUCAACUUGCUCUUCAAAAGGGUGACGAGGAUCUUGCUCGCGAAGCCCUUAAGCGGCGUAAAUCAUAUGCUGACAAUGCAAGCUCCUUAAGGUCCCAGCUUGAUCAGCAGAAGGGUGUAGUUGAAAAUCUGAUUUCAAAUACCCGGGUUCUUGAGAGCAAGAUAGCAGAGGCCAAGCAGAAAAAGGAUACGCUUAAAGCUCGUGCUCAAUCAGCAAAGACUGCCACAAAAGUGAGCGAAAUGUUGGGCAACGUGAAUACAAGUAGCGCCCUUUCUGCAUUUGAGAAAAUGGAGGAAAAAGUUAUGGCGAUGGAAUCCCAAGCGGAGGCACUCGGCCAAUUAGCAACUGACGAUCUAGAAGGAAAGUUUGCACUGCUCGAGAAUUCAUCUGUCGAUGAUGAUCUUUCACAGCUGAAAAAAGAACUCUCGGGAAGCUCUUUGAAAGGGGAGCUCCCAUCAGGCAGAAGAGCGGCCAGCAACUCAGGCGCCGGGCGCCCUUUCCCCGACCUAGAGAUUGAGAGCGAGCUAAACGAGCUGCGGAGGAAGGCCAAAGAAUACUAGAGAGUAGAGACUCUCCACCAACCAUCCUUCCCGGGCCUGACAGAAUCUCUCAUUUCCAAGUACAUAUAGCACAGCUGCAGAUUUGCUCCAUCGCGCCUUGGAAAGUUGGAACAGAGGUGCGCCUUUGACUGUCACUGUCAAAGGGUAUAUGGAGUCGCCGAGUUUCUCGGCAUUUUCCCGUCGACGGACAUUUGUACAGCUAGCCAUAAAUUGUUGUAAAUCACUACGCUCCCUAGAGCCCUUUUUUU